UGUCCCAACAUGUUUCCGUAGUGGGUAAUAGAAUAAUACAGAAAAUGGUGCUGGUUAGUUUGUAUCCUUUGUCAUCUACAUAAUUUGAACUAAGCAGUAAAAGCGGACACGGGGAUGGCGGCGGAGUGUCGGAUUAGGAAGAGUGAGUGUAGUGAAGUUAGUGAGGUUAUACUGGGGGAACCGUACUGUGUGUCCGUACUGAAACAUGGCUACUGCUUGAGGCAGGAUGAUGACUCUUUUAGAGCAGACGGCAGCAUUACUUUACUGACAGGACCAAAAACUAUAUUGGUGGACACGGGAGGGCCAUGGGAUCGAGACUUCCUAUUGUCCAAACUGAAAGAAAAAGGUGUAUCGCCCGCCGAUGUGAGUUUGGUGGUCGGUACACAUGGACACUCGGACCACGUGGGGAAUUUAAACCUUUUUCCAAGAGCAACUGUAGUCGUCGGAUGUGACGUAAGCCAGGGGGAUAGAUACCUGCCCAAUAUGCUUAGUGAAGGGUCACCCUACCCUAUCGACCCAUAUGUAUCCAUCAUCCCUACACCUGGCCAUACAGGACGUGAUGUCAGUGUACUUGUUCUGGGAACAGUGGUGGGAAAAGUUCUAGUGGCUGGGGACCUGUUUGAAUGCUGUGCUGAUGAUGACACAUGGAGAGAGCUUAGCGAGAACCCAGAGGUGCAGCAUGUGAGUCGACAGACUGCUUUAAGGACUGCUGAUGUCAUCAUUCCUGGGCAUGGAGCACCUUUCAGAGUGUUCAGGGAAUCAGGAGACUGAAGAUCUCGGAAAUCUGUUUAUAUAAAUAAAGUAUAACCAUGUCUUCUUCAUUCAAAAGGAAUAAAAAAAUGUCAUGUUUUUUUCAUAAGAACAAAUAAAAAAAAAUAUUUUAUGAUCCACAUUA